AUGGCGAACGGGUGGCCCGCGGAGAAGAUUUUCGGGGACGUCAUGUCCUACACGUACGAUGAUAUCAUUUGCCUUCCUGGUUACAUCAAUUUUCCAAUGAGCGAAAUCGACCUGUGCAACAACUUAACUCCAAACAUAUCUCUGAAGACGCCGGUCAUAUCUUCCCCCAUGGACACAGUGACGGAGCAUAAAAUGGCCAUUUCGCUAGCUCUAUGUGGAGGGCUGGGAAUCAUUCACAAUAACAUGAGUAUAGAGAAUCAAAUAGAAGAAGUGAAAAAGGUGAAGAGAUUUGAAAAUGGAUUCAUAUUUGAUCCCUAUACAUUUUCCCCAGAACACACAGUGGCAGAUGUAAUUGCAACCAAAAAUGAAGUUGGGUAUAAAUCAUACCCCAUAACAGUAGAUGGAAAAGUGGGUUCUAAAUUAGUUGGGAUCAUUACAGGGGUGGACUAUCUCUACCUUACAGAUCAAACAAAAAAAAUAAAAGACAUCAUGACGACGGAAGUUGUGACAGGAAAAUAUCCCAUUAAUCUAUCUGAUGCAAAUAAAGUUUUGUGUGAAGAAAAAAAAAGCGUCCUGCCAAUUGUUAAUAAUAAUUAUGAAUUAAUAGCUCUUGUGUGCAGAAAUGACAUGCACAAAAAUAAAAUUUUCCCACAUGCUUCUAAAAGCCAAAAUAAACAACUCAUUGUUGGAGCUUCCAUAUCGACCAGGGAACAUGACCUAGAGAGAGCCAACCAGCUCAUAAAGAACAUGAUUGAUGUGAUUUGUAUUGACUCAUCACAAGGUAAUAGCAUAUACCAAAUUGACACUAUUAAAAAAUUAAAAGCAGCUCACCCGGAUAUACCCAUCAUUGGAGGAAAUGUGGUUACUUGUGAUCAAGCAAAAAAUUUAAUAGAUGCAGGAGCUGAUGUGUUAAGAAUUGGUAUGGGUAGCGGUUCUAUUUGUACCACGCAAGAUGUAUGUGCCAUUGGAAGAGCUCAAGGCACAGCUGUGUAUCAUGUAAGUAAUUAUGCACACACGAGAAAUAUUAAAACUAUCGCUGAUGGAGGAAUUAAAAAUUCUGGUAAUAUCGUUAAAGCUUUAUCCUUUGGUGCAGACUUUGUCAUGAUGGGUAACCUCUUAGCUGCAACGGAAGAAAGUUGUAGUGACUACUAUUUUGAAAAUAAUGUGCGUCUGAAAAUAUAUAGAGGAAUGGGUAGCAUGGAAGCCAUGUAUAAUAAAGGAUUUAAUUCCAAGAGUAGAUACCUCGUAGAAGAAAGGAAAAAUGAUGCACUCUGUGAUCAAAAUGAAGAAAUAAAAGUUUCGCAAGGGGUAUCAGCUAGCUUAGUGGAUAAAGGAUCUGUUCUCAAAUUGAUUCCUCAUCUGUUUAAGGCUGUGAAACAUGGCUUCCAAAGCAUGGGUAUUAGGAACAUACCUGAACUGCACUCCAGAUUGUACUCGGGGGACCUCAAAUUUGACGUGCGUUCCUUCAACACCAUUAAGGAAGGACGCAUAAGCGACAAUCUUAUAUUCACAAAUAAGAAGUUCACGCCGUGA